AUGGACCUGGAUGAAGACGCCAAGCCGAACCUGAUGGCAUUGGACAUGAGCGCGAGCGCGAGCGUCAGGAGCGACUCCCUCAACGCGUUCGACCACCCUGACAUGCAGCAGCAGGGGCCGAAAGCACCCAUCAAGCGCAGAGCCCCAAUCGCCUGCCGAAGUGUCUUCCCGCAACGCGGCCAGCCAGACCUCGACCGCGAAUAUCGGCACCCGCGCCUGCGGGCCGAGAAGGCCGCCAAACGCGAAGCCGACAAGGCUCGACGCAGCGCUGCCUCUGACGGCGUCCCCCGGGGCCCAGGCGCGCCGGCCGCCCGGAAGCCCGCGGACGAGUGGGCCCUGCUCCCGCCGCUCCCCGAGAUCAUCGACGCCGUCCACGUCUUCACGAGCAAGUACUUCCAGCUCGGCUUCAUCCCGAAGGAGCUGCUGCCCCAGCAGCUGCACCGCGACCACCGCUCCGUCAGCGUGUUCCUUGUGCUCGGCAUCCUCAGCGUCUCGGCGCGCUUCUCGCCCACGCUGACCGAGCGGUACGGCGGGGAGAUGAAGGCCGUCGACUUCUUCAUGGAACGGGCGAGCAGCCUGGCGUUGAAUGAGCUGUACCAGGAGCCCACGCUAGAGAGGUGCCAGGCGUUCUAUCUGCUGAGUCUGGCGCAGCAGGGCAGCGGGUGGAGGAACCGGAGUUAUAUCAACAUUGGGAUUGCCACGAGAAUGGCCGUUCUGAUGCAUCUGCAUCGGGAAGAGUUCUACAAAAUGAAGAAUCCUACCAGAGAGAUGAUCAUCAGGGCAGAGUCGGCAAGGAGAACUUUGUCCGUAGCCCAACCUCUUCAGAUUUUGAUGAUUAUCACUGACACAUUCACAGGCCAGGAUAACCUCCACUGCGGCGCCUUGUCGCCCGUCUCCCUCGCCGCCAACGACAUCACCGCCCUCCUCCCCAGCAACGAGGACGACUUCGCCAACGGCCGCGAGCCGUACUCCCGCGCAGCUCUCGAGGACACGCCACCGGCGCGCGACAACCCGUCCCUGAUUCACCAGCCCUCCCGGUCGCUCUUCGCAAGCCUGAUCCAGGCACACUACUACUGGGGCAAGGUUGCCCGGCGGGCAAUGGCGACGAUGAAGAGCGCCAACCCCUGGGACCCGACGAGCGAGUACGCGAUCAUGGCGAAGCAGCUCAUGAACUGGGAACACCAGCUUCCCGCCGACCACCGGUGGAGCAUGGUGCUGCUGAAGGGACACAAGACUGUUGGCGAGGACUUGGCCUAUCUGGGUGUCACGAUGAUUACGAAGCUGUGCAACAUUGUUCUGCGGAGGGCGUACUUGGAUAAUAUCAUCAAGACGGACGAAAAGGACACCCAACGCCGAAGCUUCUUUUCCCAAAUGUCCGACGACCUCUUCCGCAACGUUCGCGAGCUGUACGAGCAGGUUGACGCGCAGUUCAGCGUCAGGUCGUCGGAAGAGGGUGUCGGGGCCCAGAUGGCGUCGUUCUGUGUUUACAGUUGCGGCUUAUUUUCGACAUACAUGGUCAAGUACAAGAACAUCUGCUCCGACAAGUCUAUCGUGGCACAAGCACCAAACAUGCUCCAACGCUGCAUGUCCAUCCUGAUCGAAUCCAAGCAAACGUGGCCGCUCGCGUCCCGAUGGCUGGAGUCUCUAGAGCGUUUCUCGCGCGAUCCCAAGGCUGCCGCGUAUAGCAGCAUGGCAGACGGCAAUGACCGCACCCUCCGCCCAUUACAUCCCUCGCCCUCCACCUUCAACAAGCCCCGCGCAGAAACCCCGAAAUACCAGCUCCCCGUCCCUCUCCCCGGCCCCCCAGCGACGCCCCUCAACGAGAAGAAGCCGCCGCCCCUCCGCCACAACAGCACCAGCAGCAACACAUCCAACAUCCUUCCCCCGCCGAGCCCGUCGCCCAGCAUCCAGCAACAACACCAGCCGCAGCAACACAACGCCUCCUUCCCGCUGCCGCCCCUGAACACGCCUCAGUUGCAGCAGCAGCAACCGCUCCAGCACCAACAACACCUCUCCCCGCACCAACCACCACCGCAACAACAACACAUGCACCAAUUCCACCACCAACAACAACAACACCAACAGCCGCCUGCACAAAGACACCAUCAACCUCCGCCCCCUCACCAGCACCAGAUGCAGCAACAACAACAACACCUGCCCCCGGAGCUGCAGCAGCACUUCUCCCCCACAAUGUACGCCCAGGCCCCGCCGCCUUACAGCCCCAACAACGGCAUGGGCAUGCUCGUCCAGGCCGCCUUCGACACCACCAACCCCAUCGGCUCGCCGGGCUACGACCCGAACGUGGCUGUGUUCUACUCGUCCCCCGGCUCCGCGUCCAUCACCCUUGGCCCCGGCACCGACGGCUUCGAGUGCGAGCUGCAGAGCUGGUUCGACGGCACCGCGCCCGUGCAGGCGACGAGCUGGAUCGGGAACGGGGCCGCGGGGUUGGGCUGGUUCGGAUCGAACUAA